AUGGCGAACGUACUUAAAGUGAAGAACAAAUUAAGGUUUAUUAAUGCUACACUACAGAAGACGACACCGAAUACACCGGAGGUGAGUAGUUGGUCCUCUUGCAACUCGAUGCUGAUUUCUUGGAUUUUCAACUCUAUCGAGAGGUCCAUUCAGUCAAGUAUAGCCUACGAGGAGACAACUAAAGCAAUUUGGCAAGAUCUACGUGAUCGUUUUUCAAUUUGGAACGCACCUCGAAUUCAUGAGUUGAAAGGCCAGAUUGCCUCGACUAGGCAAAAUAGGAUAACAGUGAUGACAUACUACACACGAUUGAGAAGUAUGUGGGAUGAACUUUGUAGAUAUUCUAGGGUGUCGAGUUGUACUUGUGAAGUAGUGCACGACUUCCUUCAUGAGCACGAAGAAGAGAAAUUACAUCAAUUUCUCAUGGGACUCGACGACGCUAUUUUCGGUAUAGUGCGAUCUCAAAUACUCAACAUGGAACCUUUGCCCCUUGUUAAUAAAGCUUAUGCUAUGAUUGCUAAAGAAUAA